AUGGGUAGAGGAACAUUAAAACAACAAUUGAAACAUCACCAAGCUAAAGAAAAUCAAGAUAAGAUAAAGACCAAAACAAAUGAUAAACCAAAGAAACAAGAAAUACAAGAAGAAGAACCAAUAAUAAUUGAGAAACCAAUAGUGAAAUCACCGAAAUCAAAUAAAUCAAAAUCGAAAACAGAAGAUGAUUAUCAAAGUGCUACAUUAUCUAAAAAAGAACAAAGAAAAUUAAAGAAAUUACAAGCUAAAGCUGAACCAGAACAAGAAGAAGAAGGGGAUGAAGAAAUAGACGAAUUAGAUGAAGAAGAUGACGAUGAAGAAGAUGAGGGUUUAGAUCUUGAAAAAUUAGCAGCUAGUGAAAGUGAAAGUGAAUUAGAAUCAGAAGACGAUGACGAAGAAUCAGAAGAUGACGACGAAGAUGAAGACGAAGAAUUAGACGUGGAAGAAGAAGAAGAAGAAGAAGAAGUGGCAGAAGAUAUACCAUUAUCAGAUGUUGAAGUUGAUUCAGAUGCAGAUAUUGUACCACAUACAAAAUUAACAAUAAACAAUACCGCUGCUUUAAGAGAUUCAUUAGCUAGAAUUGAAUUGCCAUGGUCCAGUCAUUCAUUUAUUGAACAUCAAUCAAUUAUAAGUGCCGAAAAAUCUGAAAUUCAAAUUAAAGAUAUUUAUGAUGAUACAGAAAGAGAAUUAUCAUUUUAUAAACAAGGUUUAGAUGCUGUAAAACAAGCAAGAUCAUCAUUAUUAAAAUUAAAAGUACCAUUUAGUAGACCAAUUGAUUAUUUUGCAGAAAUGGUUAAAAGUGAUGAACAUAUGGAUAAAUUAAAACAAAAAUUAUUAACAGAAGCUGCAAAUAAAAAAGCAAGUGAAGAUGCUAAAAAACAAAGACAAUUGAAAAAAUUCGGUAAACAAGUUGAACAUGAAACUUUACAAAAAAGAGCUAAAGAAAAAAGGGAAACUUUAGAUAAAAUUAAAUCUUUAAAAAAGAAAAGAGGUGCAAAUGAAAUUAGUAAUGAUGAUGAUUUUCAAAUUGCAUUAGAAGAAGCUACAAAAGAAAAUGAAAGAGAUUCAAAAAGAAAGAAACCAAAUUCAAAAAGAUUAGCUAAAAAUGCAAAAUAUGGUAACGGUGGAAUGAAAAGAGGUAAUAGAAAAAAUGAUGCACAAUCAUCAGGAGAUAUUAGAGAAUUUUCAAGUAAGAAAAUGAAGGGUAAACAACCAUCAAGACCUGGUAAAAGUAAAAGAAGACAUUAG